AAUCAAUCACUAGAAAAAUAAUUGCUUUUUAUUGUUUUUCUCGUAGUUAUUGUUAUAAUUAAAUAAUUAUAAAGAUAUUCUGAAAAACUCAAAGAAUCAACACACACAGAAAGUUACAUAUUGAUGUUUCUACUCCAUGAAAACAAUGGCUAAGACAAAAGUAACAGGAGCCACAAGUAGGUUGAAGCAGGAUUACUUGAGGCUGAAAAAAGACCCCGUUCCCUAUGUGACCGCAGAACCAGUGCCUUCGAACAUAUUGGAGUGGCAUUAUGUGGUCAAAGGUCCAGAGAAGAGUCCCUACGAGGGAGGAUACUACCACGGCAAGAUCAUUUUCCCGAGGGAGUUCCCCUUCAAACCUCCGUCGAUAUUCAUGAUCACGCCGAAUGGCCGAUUCAGAACGAACACUAGACUGUGCCUCAGUAUUACAGACUUUCAUCCGGACACAUGGAAUCCGGCGUGGUCUAUAUCCACCAUUUUAACUGGACUACUCAGUUUCAUGCUGGAAAAAACACCGACAUUUGGAUCAAUACAAACCUCGGACUACCAAAAAAGAUGUUUUGCAGCUGAGUCACUCGAAAUAAACCUAAAAAACAAGAUGUUUUGUGAGCUGUUUCCGGAGUAUGUGGAGGAAAUUGAGAAGCAGCUAAAGGAGCGACAGGAGGCUCUGCUGCAGUCGGAUAAUCCCAGUAACCCCAGUGAUGCUGAAGUUACCGAACAGUCCAACUUGUACACUGUGUUGACUAACUUGUUACUAGUUGUUGGCUUUGUAUUUCUUGCUUACAUGGUGAAGUAUGUUUUAGCGUCAAUAUCUAAUGACUAAGAUAAUAAAAAAUUGUACACUACGAUAUGUAUAUAUUUUGUAAUUUACUAUGUAAAUACACUUAGUUUAUUAAUUUUAUUUGAAAGCAUUAGAGCUAGCUAGAGUGUUUUGUUGUGUAUUAUUGACAGUGUGCAAAACUUGAUAUUUAAACAAAAUAUUUUAUUAUUGUAUAAAUAAUGAAGUCAAUUUGUGUUGAGGUCAGUUGUGAUGUAAGACUUACAUUGUGCAUAUUGGUAAAAAUACUAAUAAGUUUUGCAUUGAAAUAUUAGCAAGAAUUAUUGUAGUUCUUCAUUGCUACAGUCUACAAACUAUAAGAUUAUUACGGGACCAAGUUGUUUAACUUUCACAAAAGCUUAAUAAAAAAAUAAUUUGCAUUUUA